UUUGUUUUGUGAGGUUAAGUUUCAAAUAUAUAUGUCACAAUCAACUUCUAUAACAUGUCUGGAAAAACGAUAAUUCUACGAAAUGAAAAAAUUCUAACGCCACAAAAAGUAGAUUUAUCUUCGAGACGAAGAAUGACAUCUAGUAUGUUCUUCUUAGAUGAAGAACCAGCUUUUACAGAUUCCGAAUCAGAAUCAGAGUUUGAUACAGAAAUACCAGGAAAUACUAAAAAUGACACAACAGUUGUGAAAACAACAAUGCCUAUUGCCAUAAAUUCUAGUAGCUCAAUAAAAAUUAUAAAUAGUGAUCCUAAGAAGCAGGUUUCCGAUGCUCAAGUUCAAUGUGAUAUUUUGACCAAAGAAUGUGAUUUAAAGGGCCUGAUAGAAAUUUGCGCCAAUUUAGAAGCAACUGGAGAAUAUGACGAACUUAUUCAACUGUGUAAAAAAUUAAGUAAUAGAAAUGAUGAUAAAUAUGUAAAUAGAAAUAAGCCAAAAGAAAAGGAAUCUAUUAUCUUAACACCUUCUAGGUUUGGUGAAACACUCUCACAGAAAAGUUCAAGAAAAGCUAUUAAACGAACGUCUGUGAGACACUCUGAUAGGAUUAAAAAAAGCGCCGAGAAAAAAAAAUCACUCAAGACAACAAAGAUAAUUGAAGAAAUUUCCAGAAAAAGUACGAAACGUUCAGACCCAGAAAAUCUAUUCGAUUCUACAACUGUGGAAUUUUUUAAACCCAAAAUUCAAGUAUCAAGUAGCAUGUCGAAAUCAUUAGCCAGAAAUUGGAUGAAUCCUAACAAAAGUUUCACUGCUCCGGAAAAUAGUAGAUGUGAACAAAACUACCUUUCUCUUCAACACAGAAAAACAAGACGCUUAUAUUCGCCCUCUCAAUGGAUGGACUCUGAAGAAUUAAUGAAGUAUUUUGGAUGACCAAAAUUUUUUCAUUCCAAUGAAAAUUAAGACAUGAAAGAUUAAAAUUUUCGAAAAAAAAAUUCAAUAGCACUUUAUUUGAAUAGAAUCUAUAGUAUAUAAUAAUAAUUAUCAAUUUGGAAAUCUACAAUCAAUAUUUUUUCUGAGUCUGUUGAUUAUGUAAUACCAACAUUGAUGUUUAUUAUGUUUUAUAUUGAACACAUUGUCUACUACCACCACAUCAAAACAUUAAUUACAGCAUCUAGUCUUUCGAGCCGGGUACAAACCAGCGAUCUAUGGAAGGCUCGAAGAACUAGAUCGUAUUAGUGUUAUAUACAGUGUGUUUAUAAUAUAUAUUAUGUAUUUGUGGUCAUCCUUAUGUCAUGAAUCAAUACCUUAAUUGCGUUGUAACUCUAAAAAUUAUUGAAUCCAGUAUCGGUUAAUCUUUUCAUGUCAUUAAGGAUAAUUAAAUCUUGUUUGACAAAAUAUUUAUUUUUUUUAUACUUUAAUGUAGCAGGGAUGGCUCCAAUGUUUAAAGGAGUCUCUUUUGAGAAACUUGUUAUAAUAUUACAUAUUAUAUAUCUUUAUAUUUUAAUAAUGAAAUUAUUAUAUAGAUUUGAACAAUUUUGAUAUAAAUCAAUAGCAAGAAGUGUUACAGCAUGUUAAUAAAAUCUAAAGAAAUUUUAUUUCAACUUAAUUUGUAUAUCGAUUGAAAUUAUUAAACUUUUAUUUUAUUUUAUUUUU